AUGGAAUCGCAUCAUCGCAAACGCAGAAGAACACGCAUCUCAUGCGUGGAAUGCCAUAGGCGCAAAGUCCGCUGCGACCGUAACCUUCCCUGUGGCCGGUGUGUCGAUGGUGACAUUCGCUGCGUCUAUGAACAGGAUGAAGCAGUUAAGCCAGCCGCAUUCUCUGCGAAGAAGAGAUGCAUGGAUCCAAUUCAAAGUAAUUCACAGUCUACUGCUACUGUCAGAGGUCACGGUGAACAUUCGCAGCCAUCAGAUCAGAUAACAGAUCAACCAGUCCGUGGGAUCAUGUCCAAGGCUCGCCUUUUCGGGACGACUCAUCCCAUUACGGCAUAUCGCCUAUGCGAUGAGAUGUAUCCGGUCGACUUCAACUCCGCGCCGGUAGCAUCGGAAGAUGCAACUCGAUCUGCACUUUCGGAAGCGCAGACGGUAAUUGCUGAAGCCAAAGCUAUUGCGCGAACCACGAAGCGUGAUAAGACAAUCAUAAGCCCGAUCCUGGAGGAGGCGACUCUCUCCCUUCCUGAUCGGGAUACCAUCGAUACAUUUGUCAAGAAGUACAUGCGUGUCGUCGGAGAAGGAGCCUUCCGAAUUCUCCACGUAGUGACCUUUCAACGGGAGUAUGAACAAUUCUGGGACGAUCCGCAAAGCCGAAGACCUCUAUUUAUCGUCAUUCUCCUACUGGUUAUGUCCAUUGGUAUCAACUUCCGUGACAUUGAGAUAAUCAACGAGUCGGUACCUCCUCCAGUAUAUCUCUGGGUUCAAACAGCUCAGUCAUGGCUGUCAACUGCUCGAAGCAAAGAAUUGGCCACUAUAUCAGGCCUCCAAGCUCAGUGUUUGCUGAUCUUAUCUCUUCAAUUGAACAAAGGCAAGUCUCACGGGAUUUGGAUUGCUCAAGGGACGCUGCUGCGAACUGCAAUACACAUGGGUCUACAUCGUGACCCGAGCCACUUCCCCGAUAUGCCUUUCUACCACUCUGAGAUGAGACGCAGGCUCUGGAGCACGAUAUUGGAGAUGGACUUACAAUCUUCUAUGGAUAUUGGAAUGAUACCUUCAUCGUACAAGUUUGACACCCUACCGCCUUCGAAUAUCAACGAUGAUACUUUCGAUGAAGCAACGACAACUCCUCCCAGACAGCAAUCCAUAUCAACCAAGACUCAGACCUCGCUACAAAUAGUCCUUCGAUCGUCUUUCGUGUCUCGCAUGAAAGUAGCUCGGCUUAUGAAUGAUUCAUUUGAUGAACCUUCCUACAAUGAUGUUAUAAGCGAGAGCAAGAAGUUGGCAGAUUCAUUCGCCGCCACUGAAAGAAGCCUGGAAUCUCUGGGUAUCCGAAGCACAUUCCAUCUCAAUCUGAUGACGUUUCUCACUCGCCGCUUUAUGCUAGCCUUGCAUCACCCAUUCGCUAGCAAAGCAUUCCGAGAUCCGCAAUACCACUUCUCUCGCAAAGUCUGCCUGGACAAUGCCCUGAUAUUCCUCACAUCAAAGUGGACUGAACCAUUCGACCGAUUGCUCGCUAUCUCUACAGCGCUAUUCCAACAUGUCAUGCACCACGCCACUAUUAUUCUCUGCUUGGAACUCAUUGGACAAAUCAAAGAGGAUAGAUUCGAUGGGAGACUAUUCCUAAUCCGCCAGGAAGAUCGUCAGCGGCUCCUUUUGAACAUUAAGAAAAUCUUGGACAUUACAGCUGAGCGACUCCGUAAUGGUGAAACGAACGUGAAAAGUCAUGUCUUUCUGCAUAUGGCGAUUGCACAAGUCGAAGCCAUGGAGCGGGGAACUGACUCCACGGCGCAUGUACUCGCCACAGCGACCUCUGCUGCACGACAGGCUUCGAAAAUUGUGCGGCAAUACAGCUCAAGUCGGGGAAAUACAGACAAGAAUAAUAAGAAUAAGUUUGAAUUGCCUGGUUCAGGACCUGCAGCUCGGGGUAUAAGCGCUGAUUUCCCUUUCCCAUUACCUGACAUUGGUGAUACAGCGCUAGAACUAGGGGAUAUCGCUAGCUGGCUAUUUUCGGACUGGGUUGAUGAGUAUCCUCUGUAA